AUGAUUGCAUAUUUUGUGGUGUUUGCCAUUUGGAUUGCUGGGAGAGAGUGUUUUAUCCAGUCCGCCAGAGUGGGCUAUCACGCCAGACACACUUGCGAGCCAACCUGGGUCCCAAGUCCCAGGGCUGCCCCAGCGAGCACAGCAUACUGCGCCUUGAAAUUCGGUGACAUGGCAGCCGACUGGUUUGACAUUGAUUACAGUGCCUUUGCGUAUGAUCGUGAUUUUGAAGAAGACCUAUGCAUUGACGACUUCUCGCAUGAUUUUCUCGCGCCUGCUCUUGGGCAGGAGCCCAAUGCUUGGGAGGGACAUCAGGCCAGCGAGGCCUGGAAUGCACAGGCUCACAGUAAUCAACCAGGUUCGGCAGGACAGCAGUAUGCGGCUUUCUUUGCACAGAGCAGGGGGGCAGCUGAUGCGAGGGUGACAGGGGAUAUCAUCGACCCUGCCGAAGCUCCGAUUAACAGGCUGGACUUUGUGCUGACACGAUCACUUCAGGCAGGUCCCUUAGGUCGUCAGGCCGCAUCACGACCCCAGCUUGAGUUUUUUCAGUGGCGUGAGGGCAGUCGGCAUGUUCCAGUGUAUGCUGUCCUUUUGGACACUCGCCCGGAUGUUCUUCAAGCGGAGCGCUCAAACGGCGAGGCAUUUCAAGUGGACCGACAGCACAUGGCUAAUGAGGCACAGAAGCACCCUGAGAAGGUUCAAGUGUUCCGCCAACAUGUUCAGGAGGCCUUGGCUUGCGCGUGUCAUCCGGUCAGUCCGGAAAACUUGGAUGACAUCCUGUGGCAGGCCUCCGCUACGGUCUUCGCCGGUAAGCCUGAGGCACAACCGCCGAGCGCAUGGCAACAGCCCGAGACUGCCCUGCGACUGCAGGAUGAAGGGAGCACCGAGCUGCGACGCACCAGUCAGCGAUUGCGUAAGGCUAAGUUGGUUCAACAACUGGAGAAUGCAGAGCAGGCUCGUGGCAGAGUCCAGUUGAAAGGUGAACAUGGUGAGAUGCUCACGGCCGAGGCUGAAAUUGAUACCCUUCAUACCUACUGGGACAGCAUUUUCAAUGAUGGUGCUCAGGCUCAUGACUCCCUUCUGGCAGAGGGCAUACAUGUAACAGCCCAAGAGGUCUUAGAGGUGGUGGCCAAAUUGCCGAUGAGGAAAGCUGCUAUGCCAGGUAGGGCACCGUGUGCUGCAUGGAAACUGGCCGCGGAGGACGUGGCGCCGCACCUACAUGCCUACGUGCAGCAAGCUUGGGCCCCGGGCCCGGUUUGUGUUCCUCUGUACCUCACUGAAGCCUGGCUGCACUUCAUGAGCAAACCAGGGCGCACUUUGCGCACGCCGGGGGAUCUACGGCCUCUUGCGCUCCAGACUGGGGGCGGCAAGGCACUCAGUCGACUCCUGAAAAAUCAGCUGACCCCGUAUGCGGAACGGGUGGCACUUCAUGUACCACAAUUCGCAUAUUUGAGGAAUCGCGAUGCACAUUCUGCCAUUGCUCGAGCACUGACACACAUUGACAAGGUGCGUUCGAUCACGCAUGGUGGGCAGCGUCUUAGCAUUCAUGCUCGUAAGGCUGGGGUGCAACAACAACGAUGCGCCGGGGGAGCCACGCUCUCAUUGGACCUUAGUCGUGCCUUCGACUCGGUUGGGCAUGAUGUGCUGUGGGAGGCCCUUAUGUGGGCAGCAGUACCGUGUGACCUGGCAACCCUCUUGAUGACAUGGUAUCGCAGUGAAUAUGCCCUGGGACAGCGGGGUGUGGGUGGCUAUACCAGGUUGGAUGAGCGCUUAUCACAGGAUUGGUCGGAACGACAUGCCACGUGCUUUGCUGAUGAUUUUCUGUUUCAAUGGGUGUUGGAGUCAUUGCGAGCAUGCAAGGCCAUGUGCACAGAUGUGGGUAUCAUUUUCGAGGUCUUUGCCUCACUGGGUCUUUGCAUCAAUAGCAAGAAGUCUGCCAUGCUUCUCAAACUCGUGGGCCCCGAGGCUGAGGCCUGGUUGGCCAAACACCGUGUACUAGCCCCGCAGGGCAUUGAGGCCAAGCAUGUACUGCGCUAUGACCUUUUUCGUCGGAGUGCGGUUCCCAUUAAACAUACACAUGUUUACCUCGGCAUUGCUCUCACCUACGACUCAUAUGAGGAGGCCUCCAUGCGACACCGCCUGCGUCUUGCGGCCAUUCAGAAGCACAGGCUGGCUCGCAUAUUGCAAGGGCGCGGUGGGCUCACCAAACAAUGCCGACUUAGGCUGUGGCGUGUGGCGAUUGCCACUUCUAUGCUAUAUGCCACUCAUGUCGUGGGCUUGACUCGGGCUAGUCUGCGCUCUGCUCAUGUCAUGAUGACGAAACACCUACGAGCCAUCAUGAGAUCACCGCGGCACCUGACGCAGGAGAAUGAUCUUGCAUUUCUCCAGAGCAUUUCCCAGGACACCCCUCUACAGUUGGUUCUGAAGGCCAUUGGAUCCAUGCUUGAUCGUGCCACUGCUCCUACAGAUUUUCCUUGCUUUGCCAACGAGGAUGUCAUGCGUCGCCUUCGUGCAUUGCGGUGCAACAUGAUUUCCCUCAGCGAGGCUCCGGUCCCUAGAGGCAUUCGACUAACUGAAGUCCCAGCCAGUGCACCGGUGUUCACCUGCCAGAUCUGUGGCCAGCACUUCGCCACUCUGCCACAGGUUAAAAGUCAUGAAGGCAAGAUGCAUAAAAUGGUUGCGCCUACCCAGAAGCCUCUCAAUGCGUCCUACUUCGCCACGGGCGGGAUGCCUACAUGCAGGUUUUGUGGAGAGACCUUUGCACGCUGGGACAACCUCCGGCGGCACAUACAGCACAAUCGAUGCGGGAGCCUCAGAACGACUAUGACCCAGGACGCGCCGGCUGUUUCGGAAACAGCACCAGAGCUGACAAUGACGGGGGCAGCAACCAUGGCGCCACCGGUGGCAGCGGACAAGCAAGUGCUAGCACUGUUCGGGCAUGUCUUGACACCGAUGGCGGGGGGCACAGCGGUGGGGGCGAAACAGGGCGGUCAGCAUCAGGAGAUGGACGUGGACUCAUCGCGCAAGCGCCCACGCCAGACACGACAGUCCCAACCCAAGGGCAAGGGCAGAGAGCGAGGAAAACCCAGGGACAAGGAGGAGGAGCAUUACUCCGAUACUUCGGAGCGCGACCUAGUGCUGGCCCUGGGACGGAUAGUACUGCAGCAGGCGGAUCAGCUGCACCGUCUGGAGCUGGACACGGGGUUCUUUUUGGUGUUAGCCACAGCUCCGACAUCAACCACGGUCAUUCCCACCAUGUUCGAAGUGGCAGAACUUUGGAGAAAGAAGCAAGCGGAGACUCCGGAGCAGAUCACAUGUUCGUUGGGUGUCAUGAUGCUACGGUGCUUACUCCAGGAGCUCAGCAACCGCCUCAGCCACGCCUUGAAGACCCCGGAGGUUCUGGCAGCCCUUGUCAAGCAGGAGAUGCUGACGGACAAGCAGGACUGGAUGCACAUGCUCUGGGACAAGGACAAUGGGAAGUUGAUGCCAGACCCCACGCGCAACCCAUUGUCUACCAAGGACCUGCAACAAACCUUUCAGGAUGCGGCAAACAUAUUGCAGCACCAACCCGAGGUGAUCACCAGAUUUUGCAGCACACAGAGGCUCGACGCGAACACUCAGAAUGCACUGGUGCCGUUCCUCAUCGAUGUCUCGCUUCGGGACGGCAGGAUGUUUCAAAUCUUGAAUCAGUGGUCACGUCUGAGUGUGUGGCAUCUCCUGCACGGGCGCUUGCGCCCAGCCCGAGCCCAGCGGAGUCCAGCGGAGCUCCGUGUCCACAACAUGAUCCGAGCCCUCUCUUAA